UUUAUUUCUCUGCUUCUCUCUUUUGCUCUGUCUCUUUAUCCUUUUUCUUUUGAUGCUUCAUUCUCUCUUUUCUUUUUUUUCCUCUGUAGCGUUUCUAGGAAUCUCUCUCCAACGUUUAGGUUUCUUCUCAGAUUUAGAAAGUUUCUUCUCUAUCUGAAGAAUUUUCAUUUCGAUUUCGCUUCUUCCUUCACCCUAAUCCGUAAUCGAAUGCCAUUUCGAAGAUUGUGUUGAAGAGUAGAGAGGAAGAAGAAGACUAAGAAGCUAGGGUUUCUCUGAUGAGUAGAUGAUGCGUGAACCGCUUGUUAGCGAAGAAGAAGAAGAAGAAGCUACUGAAGUUUUACUAGUGGAGAAGACGAAGUUGUGUAAGAGACGAGGAGACGAAGAAAAAACGGAAGAGAGAAGAGACGAUUUGUUGUUACUAGCUUUAACGCCGAUGGUACGAUCGAAAUCUCAAGGAACUACUCGGCGCGUCACUCCCACGCCACCUCCUGUUGACGUGGAGAAACCGUUACCAAACGGAGAUCUCUACAUGGGAACGUUUUCCGGCGGGUUUCCCAACGGAUCCGGUAAGUAUUUGUGGAAGGAUGGGUGUAUGUACGAAGGCGAGUGGAAACGUGGUAAAGCGAGUGGUAAAGGCAAGUUUUCGUGGCCGAGUGGUGCGACUUAUGAAGGAGAGUUCAAAUCUGGGAGAAUGGAAGGAUCUGGGACUUUUGUUGGUGUUGAUGGUGAUACUUAUCGUGGCUCUUGGGUUGCUGAUCGGAAACAAGGUCAUGGUCAGAAGAGAUAUGCCAACGGAGAUUACUAUGAAGGUACAUGGCGGCGGAAUCUUCAGGAUGGGAGAGGGAGAUAUGUUUGGAUGAAUGGGAAUCAGUAUACAGGAGAGUGGAGAAAUGGUGUGAUAUGUGGUAAAGGUGUGCUUGCUUGGCCUAAUGGGAAUAGAUAUGAAGGUCAAUGGGAAAAUGGUGUUCCUAAAGGAAGUGGUGUGUUUACUUGGGCUGAUGGAAGUUCGUGGAUUGGUUCUUGGAAUGAGAGUAGUAAUCUCAUGAGGAAUUUCUUUGAUGGGAUUGAGAAGAAUGAGUUGAUUGUUGCGACUAGGAAGAGAUCUUCGGUUGAUAGUGGCGCUGGAAGUUUGACUGGGGAGAAGAUUUUCCCUAGGAUAUGUAUUUGGGAGUCUGAUGGAGAAGCUGGGGAUAUUACUUGUGAUAUUGUUGAUAAUGUGGAAGCUUCUGUGAUAUACAGAGAUAGGAUUUCUAUUGAUAAAGAUGGGUUUCGUCAGUUUAGGAAGAAUCCUUGUUGUUUCAGCGGUGAGGCUAAGAAACCUGGAGAGACGAUAUCUAAAGGGCAUAAGAAAUAUGAUUUGAUGCUCAACCUGCAGCAUGGAAUUAGGUACUCUGUCGGCAAACACGCUUCCGUUGUUCGAGAUCUCAAACAGAGUGAUUUUGACCCAAGUGAAAAGUUCUGGACAAGGUUCCCACCGGAGGGUUCUAAGACCACACCACCGCAUCUAUCUGUGGAUUUCCGCUGGAAGGACUAUUGCCCUUUGGUGUUUAGACGGCUUAGGGAGCUAUUCACGGUGGAUCCUGCCGAUUACAUGCUAGCUAUCUGUGGAAACGAUGCCCUUAGGGAAUUGUCUUCGCCUGGAAAGAGUGGAAGCUUUUUUUACUUAACUCAAGAUGACAGAUUUAUGAUCAAGACGGUGAAGAAAUCUGAAGUCAAGGUGCUUCUACGAAUGCUUCCAAGUUACUACAAACACGUCUGCCAGUAUGAAAAUACACUUGUGACUAGGUUCUAUGGUGUGCAUUGUAUCAAACCUGUUGGUGGCCAGAAGACUCGGUUUAUCGUUAUGGGGAACUUGUUCUGCUCCGAAUAUAGAAUCCAGAGAAGGUUUGACCUUAAAGGGUCUUCCCAUGGACGGUAUACCUCCAAACCUGAAGGGGAAAUUGAUGAGACCACUACUCUUAAGGACCUUGAUCUCAAUUUUGCUUUCCGUCUUCAGAGAAAUUGGUACCAAGAGCUUAUGACGCAAAUUAAACGCGACUGUGAGUUCUUGGAAGCUGAAAGAAUAAUGGAUUAUAGUCUUUUGGUUGGCGUUCACUUCCGUGAUGACAACACAGGAGACAAAAUGGGGUUAUCUCCAUUUGUAUUGAGAUCUGGUAAGAUAGAGUCAUACCAAAGCGAAAAAUUUAUGCGUGGUUGUCGGUUCUUGGAGGCGGAACUUCAAGACAUGGACCGCAUUUUAGCUGGCAGGAAACCAUUGAUUCGAUUAGGCGCAAACAUGCCUGCAAGAGCAGAACGAAUGGCGAGAAGAAGCGACUAUGAUCAGUAUUCCUCAGGAGGGACCAACUACCAAUCUCAUGGAGAGGUCUACGAAGUGGUUCUAUAUUUUGGAAUCAUUGACAUUUUACAAGAUUACGACAUAAGCAAGAAGAUCGAGCAUGCUUACAAGUCUCUACAAGCUGACCCGGCUUCAAUCUCUGCCGUUGAUCCCAAACUAUACUCAAGAAGGUUUAGAGAUUUCAUCAGCAGAAUCUUCAUCGAAGACGGCUAAAAUGAAGGUCUACUUAUAUUAGCCCCAUCAUUGAAAGGUCAAACCUAAGCUCCUCGCUUUAUACCUCAGAUAAAAAAGAGGCUUGAAGACCCUGCGGCAUUAGGGGCAAAAGGGUAAUUGAAGAAGGGCGGAAAUUGAUUUGGGAUUUUUUCAAUUAUAAUAUUUGAGAAUGAACUGAUCAAACAAAUUUUGGGUGGGGGAUUACUUAUUUUUGUUUUGGAGGGUGAGAGGAAGAUAUAUGUCAUAUGUGAAUAUAGAUUUGUGAAGGAGAAGAAAAGUACAUAGGCUUAGAGAAAAAAAAAAUGGGUUUGGCAGAUUUGGAAAUGCAUUGGGAAUAAGAUAAGUGUACAAGAUUAAUGAAUAGGAUGGGUGUUUUAUUUUAUUCCCAUUUGCUAUAUAAUUUCCCAAUGUCUUUUUAUUUGUUUAGAGUUCAUUUUGUGAUGGAUGAAGUAUUUUUUAAAAUUGAGACAAAAGAAAAAGCUAAAGAUUUUAUCAAAAGAGGUCCCAUAUUCCCAUGGGAUCCCUCUUCUUCUUCACCAUCCUUUUCACGUCUAAAGAUACUUUG